UGAAGAAAUUACACUUGAAAGGGGAAAUUCAGGGCUUGGUUUCAGCAUUGCAGGAGGUACAGACAACCCACACAUUGGAGAUGACUCAAGUAUUUUCAUCACCAAAAUUAUCACGGGAGGAGCAGCUGCCCAAGGUGGAAGGUUGCGGGUAAAUGACUGUAUAUUGAGAGUAAAUGAAGCAGAUGUUUGUGAUGUAACACACAGCAAAGCAGUCGAAACAUUGAAAGAAGCUGGAUCUAUUGUACGGUUGUGUGUAAAAAGACGGAAACCAGUAUCAGAAAAAGUAAUGGAAAUAAAGCUGACUAAAGGUCCUAAAGGUUUUGGAUUCAGCAUUGCUGGAGGUGUUGGAAAUCAGCAUGUUCCUGGUGAUAAUAGCAUCUAUGUAACCAAAAUAAUUGAAGGAGGUGCAGCACACAAAGAUAGCAAGCUUCAGAUUGGAGAUAAGCUUCUAGCUGUGAACAGUGUAUGUUUAGAAGUUACUCAUGAAGAAGCAGUAACUGCCUUAAAGAACACAUCUGAUUUUGUUUAUUUGAAAGUGGCAAAACCCACAAGUAUGUAUAUAAAUGAUGGCUAUGCACCACCUGACAUCACCAACUUCAAGUUGGUUAGCUUAAAUUGGCUUAAAUUUAUUUUCUCAAACAUGGUACUGCUAAUAUGGUGUAAUAGAAAAAGGUUAAAUGUCCUAAAAAUACCACUGAGUAUGAUAGUGUACACUUUUAAACCCAGUGCUGGAGAAGUGGAGACAGGAGAAUCAGAUUACAUAGUGAAUUUGAGGCCAAUCUAUGCUACAUAAGA